CACCUAGGCUGGUGUAGCGGUAACUAAUAUGUGAAAGCAUUUCAUUAUGCAGUGCGCGUUGCUACCGCGAGACUUUAGAUGUGUUAUGCCCAGACCUAAUUGGUAGUCAUAUUGACCCAGUACUACACCAAAAGCAUUCUAAAUGUACAUUAUAUACAGUAAUCUAACGGAUGAUUAUACUUGUACGCGCGAUUCUCAACGUGCGCGCUCGCCGCCACGGAAAUUACGUGUUAAGAGUGCAAUCCGGCAUCAAUGCCAGGAAGAUGUGAGACGCCUGCUGGAAAUUGUAACAAUCAAUGAAGAUGCUGUUGAGUGCGCGCACUGCAAAACUCCGCUGGUACCAACGUCUAUAUUCGAGUUCAAGAGCCUACGCUUUGCAUGCCAACUAUGCACGAAGACUUGUUGUGUACUAUGCAAAAAUGCAGUAAAGCUCCUAGGGCCAACUGAGUACAGAGCGGGUCUUAACGCUGUAGUAUGCCCGCCAUGUAACGACUAUAUCCUGCAUAUCCGCUCUAGAGUUUUCAAGGAGCCUGCAGAGCAUGAGUUCCAUGCAAUAUUGGACGACUUCGAACGUGUAAUAGGGAUACAUAAACGUAUUAGCGGGUUGUUGUACCAGCUGCAGGGAUACCAGAAUCUAUGCUCCAUCCACAAACAGUUGGAUGAACCCUUGCCACCCGGUACCACAGACAAGAUAAACGAACUGCUACUAGAAGUGAUACAACAACGCAAGUUAGUAACUGAAACCAAGAACGCACUACUAGACAAUAAGGCCAAUGCGCCUAAAAAUUCAGCUAUCUGCAACAGUAUCAAACACAGCCUGCUGUCACUGUCCAAGAGCAUACUCUACCAAAGUAUACCAAAGAUUAACGAGGUUAUUUGGAACCUAGAAAGGUAUGGACGUGGAAAUAGUUAAAAUAUG